AUGGCCUACGUCGUGCCCAUCCACCGGGCAAGCAGCAUCCGGCACGCUGUAAAGCUAAACUUUUUCAACAAAGAAAGCAAUGAAGCCGAUUGCCUAGUCGCAGCCAAAUCCAACCGUCUCGAAUUCUACACUCUCACACCCGAUGGCCUCAUCCUUGCCGCGACGCGCGCGCUCUACGCGAAGGUUACAAUGCUCGCAUGCCUGCCCGCACCUUCACAUUCACCCACCGACCACCUCUUCGUCGGAACAGACCAGUUCAAUUACUUCACCUUAACGUGGGACCAUGACAUGCAUGAAAUUAAGACAGCCCGUAGCUACGUCGAUAUCGCCGAGCCCGCAUCCCGCGAAUCGCAAUGCGCAGCACGAUGUCUGAUCGACCCUUCGGGCCGAUUCAUGACGCUGGAAGUGUACGAAGGCGUUGUUGUCGUUGUGCCGAUUGUGCAGGCGACAAAGAAACGAGGCCGAGUCUCAACGGCGGCAUCGAUGCCGGAUGUGCCGCAGGUUGGAGAAUUGGAUACGCCGACGACCUCACGUAUUGACGAGUUAUUCGUUCGGUCUUCUGCUUUCUUGCAUUCUGGGUCGAAUCCUUGGCUUGCCUUGCUUUAUGAGGAUAAUCAGCAGAAGGUCCGGUUGCGGAUUCGCGAGCUGGAUUUCACGCCUGGCACUUCGGGGACUUCGGCUGAUGCUACCUUUAAGGAGGUUGAGGAUAAGAAGCUUGAAGGCGGCGUGUUUGGGCAAGAACUUGAUCUUGGUUCUUCACAUUUGAUUCCUAUUCCUGGUCCGCUUGGUGGGUUGAUUGUUCUUGGGGAAACGUCUAUCAAGUAUAUUGAUGACCAUGCUAAUGAUGUUAUGACGCGGAAUCUGGAUGAGUCGACUGUUUUUGUUGCUUGGGAGAUGGUCGAUAGUCAGCGGUUCUUGCUUGCUGAUGAUUAUGGGAAGUUGUUCCUCUUGACCUUUUUGCUGGACAGUCAAAAUAAGAUCGAUGACUGGAAGCUUGAGUAUCUUGGGAAUACGGCCCGUGCUGCGGUACUGGUAUAUCUCAGUGGAGGGAUGCUGUUUGUUGGAUCACAUCAGGGUGAUUCUCAGGUCAUCCGUCUCAGUGAUAAGUCGUUUGAGAUCAUUCAGACACUGUCCAACAUUGCUCCCAUUCUCGACUUUACCAUUAUGGACCUUGGAGCUCGGUCGAAUGAGGGUCAAACACAUGAGUUCUCAUCUGGUCAAGCUCGCAUUGUCACUGGAUCCGGCGCUUUCGAUGAUGGCUCAUUGCGCAGCGUUCGCAGUGGUGUUGGCAUGGAGGAACUGGGUGUUUUGGGCGAGAUGGAUCAUAUCACAGAUCUCUGGGGCCUACAGACUCGAAGUUCUGGCAAAUUCCUAGACACGCUGAUCGUCACCUUUGUAGAUGAGACGCGUGUCUUCCAGUUCAGCCCUGAUGGUGAAGUCGAAGAACUGGAUAGCUUCCUCGGGCUGACUCUCACGGAAAACACUCUUCUUGUUACCAAGUUACCCGGUGGCCGAAUUCUACAAGUCACAGAACAACGAGCCCUAGUGGCUGAUCUCGAAAGUGGAAUGGUGACAUUCGAAUGGGCUCCCGAGAAUCGCAAGUUGAUCACCGCUGCAUCUGCCAAUGAUGAUCAUAUGGUUCUUGUCACCAGUGGCCAAGUCGUAGCAUCAUUCGAUAUCAGGAACAACGUCCAACUCAUUACACAGAAAGAUCUCGGUGCUGAUCAGCAGAUUUCCGGCUUGACUGUCCCAUCAUCACCAAUGGGUGUCUUCAUAGCAGGCUUCCCUCAAUCAGCCAAGGUAUCAGUCAUGUCAGUCAAGGACUUUGCUGUCUUCCAGACCAAAUCAUUGGGUCCCACUGGAGAGAGUUUCCCUCGAUCAGUUCUCGUGGCCGAUGUCUUGGCAAAUAGUCAUCCCACACUAUUCAUCUCAAUGGCAGAUGGCUGUGUCAUCACAUUCUCAUUGAAUCCCGAUGACUACUCGCUGACCGGCAUGACCAAGCUCGUUCUCGGAUCCGAGCAACCAAUCUUCAAGAAACUCCCCAAGGGCGAUGGGCUUUACAAUGUAUUUGCUACAUGCGAGAACCCCAGUCUGAUUUAUGGCUCUGAGGGCCGUAUCAUCUACUCCGCCGUGAACUCUGAAGGAGCAUCACGCGUUUGCCAUCUCAAUGCAGAAGCAUACCCCGAAGCCAUCGCAGUGGCAACAGAAAAGGAACUGAAGAUCGCCCUGGUAGACAGAGAACGAACCACCCAGAUCCAAACGUUACCAAUUGGAUCUACUGUCCGCCGAGUGGCAUACUCCCCAUCAGAGAAAGCAUUCGGAAUCGGCACAAUUGAUCGCAAGCUUGAUGGCGGCGACGAAAUCGUCGGCAGCCACUUCAUUCUCGCAGACGAAAUCAUGUUCCGUCGUCUUGACGCAUUGGAAUUGGAGACAGAGGAGCUGGUGGAGAGUGUCAUUCGGACUCAAUUCGCCACUGGCAAAGAUGAGAAUGGGCGAGAAACUUUCAAGGACCGUUUUAUUGUCGGCACGGCGUAUGCAGACGAGUCUAAAGAGGGAUCUAUUCGCGGACGAAUUCUUGUUUUGGAGGUCGAUCAUGGUCGUAAGCUUAGCAAAGUGGCUGAGUUACAGGUCAAGGGUGCUUGUCGAGCUCUCACAAUGAUGGGCGAUCUCAUCAUCGCGGCUCUCGUUAAGACAGUUGUUGUCUACAAGCUUACUAACAGUCACUCGGGACCAAUGAAGCUCGAGAAGCUGGCAGCCUACCGCACAUCAACGGCACCCGUGGAUGUCCAUGUCGUUGAUGAUAUCGUUGCUGUGUCCGAUCUCAUGAAGAGCGUGUGCCUGGUGAAGUUCACCCACGGCAAAGACGGGAAGCCAGACACCCUCGUUGAAGUCGGCCGUCACUACCAGACCGUCUGGAGUACGGCGGUUGCCUGCGUAGGCAAAGAGACUUUCCUGCAAAGUGACGCGGAGGGCAAUCUCAUCGUCCUAUCACGAAACCUGAACGGCGUCACUGCGCAGGAUAAACAACGCCUGAUGCCAACGAGUGAGAUUGCGCUCGGUGAGAUGGUUAACCGGAUUCGGCCGGUGAAUAUCCCAAAUCUUGCCAGUACAACUGUGGUCCCACGGGCGUUUUUGGCAACGGUCGAGGGAUCUAUCUACCUCUUCGCAGUGAUCAACCCUGAACACCAAGACUUCUUAAUGACCCUCCAAACAGUCGUCUCUGCCAAGGUCGACUCUCUCGGCAAUCUCCCCUUCGAUAAAUUCCGUGGAUUCCGCACGAUGGUACGCUCAUCUGAUGCGCCAUACCGGUUUGUCGAUGGUGAACUCAUUGAGUUAUUCUUGACCUGCUCGCCGAGUUUGCAGGAAGAGAUUGUUGAGGAGGUAGGCUCUAUGAGUGUAGAUGAGGUUAAGGAGAUUAUUGAGGCCCUCAGGAGACUUCACUAG